AACAAACAAAAUCGCUAAACAUUUUCAAUGAAUAGUUUAUGAACCAUAAAUAUUACCAUAAAAAUAGACGACUUAAAAAAAGGAACUAGUGUAAAUGGUAAAAAAUAUUUGCAGCAAACCUAAGUAAGUAUUUAAAGUAAAAAAAAAAAAAACAAAGAAACCCUCUCAACUGCUAAAUACACCAGACCAGUCAUCGAAUCGAAAAGACAGUCAAGUAAAUUAAAAAAAAAAAAAAAAAAAGCAAGCACCAACUACUUAAAAGACAACAAAAGUUGUACAACUACAGAAGUAGAACUACAUAAGUACUUAACAGUUAAAGUUUAGUAACAAAAAACUACCAAAACCAGCAACUUCGCAAACAGCGCAGAGCAAAAAAAAAGCACAAGACAGCAAAAAUGGCCGACAAGAAGAUUGCAGAACAAUACUAUUCGCCACCGCCAAAGAUGGGCAAAUGGGAGGGUUUCAAAAAAUUCCUAUGGAACAGUGAAACUAGCCAAUGCCUUGGCCGAACAGGAGGCAGUUGGGCAAAAAUUUUAUUUUUCUACAUUAUUUUUUAUGCGGCGUUAACUGGAUUCUUCGCUGCCAUGUUGGCUGUGUUUUAUCAAACACUUCAGGUGGAUAAACCCAAGUGGACAAUGAGCGAUGGGUUAAUUGGUUCGAAUCCAGGUCUCGGCUUUCGACCAAUGCCCCCAGAGGCAAAUGUUGAGAGUACUUUAAUCUGGUAUGAGAAAUCGAGACCCGAAAAUUAUAAAUACUGGGUCGAUGAAACUGCAACAUUCCUUCAAUCCUAUGAAAAUCUACCCAAGCAUAAUCAAAUGAAUUGUUCAUUUGAAAAUCCACCAACACAGGGCAAGGUAUGCGCUUUUGAUCCAAAUGCUUUUGCUCCAUGCACAAAGGAGAACAAUUUCGGUUAUCAUCAGGCCAGGCCAUGCAUAUUCCUCAAGUUGAACAAGAUUUAUAACUGGGAACCGGCUCUGUACAACUCUUCGAAAUCUCUGCCAGACCACAUGCCUGUCGAACUGAAAAAUCAUAUUACAGAAAAGGAAAGCUUGCGGCCAAAUCAGACCAAUGUCGUUUGGAUCUCGUGCGAAGGUGAAAAUCCUGCUGAUGUGGAAAAUAUUAAAUCACGUGAUUACUAUCCACGCAUGGGUUUCCCCGGCUACUAUUUCCCAUUCAAAAAUAUCGAAGGCUAUGUACAGCCAAUCGUUGCCGUACAAUUCACCGUUGAAACCGGCGUUUUGAUCAACAUUGAAUGCAAAGCAUGGGCCAACAACAUUUUCCACGAUCGCCACGAAAGGAGAGGAUCCGUCCACUUCGAGUUGAUGGUUGAUUAAGAAAUAGCGCGGAGCCAAUAAGUGAACGAAGCACAUAAAAAAUAAAUUAAUAAAACCAUAACAAAACCAAAAAACAAAAAAAAUAUAGAAAAUUAUAAUAAAAACAAGGAAAAUACUUUCCAAGAGAAGUAAGAAAUACAACAGAAAAUAAGAAAAUCUUCAGAUAAAACAAUAACAGAAACAGUAGCAAAAUUAAGUAAACGAACAUGCGAGGAAGAGAUAAAACAGAGAAGAGUGAGUGAGAGGAAGUAUGUAAAGCAGGGUAAUGAAAGUAAAGAAGUACAGAGGUUAGAUGGAGGGUGAGAUAAGGAGAGAAAGAGGAAAAGAGCAAAAGAAAGGUGUAGACGUAAGAGCAGGGUUGAAAGCAAAGAAGGAAUGCAUGAAAAAAUACAGCAACAACCAAAGACAAGAACGACAAGCCGUAAAUAAAUAAAUAAAGAGCAAAUUUAGCGGCAAGCAGUGAGAAAGAACCACAACAACAACAGCUAAAUGAAUGAUUCAAAAUUAAAUGCAUUAAAAAUGUCAGCAAAAUAGUAAGCAAACAAAAUUUAUAGUAAAAUAAAAAAAGCUAAAUACAUAUUUAUUUUGCGAACGAAGAGAAAAUACACAAAAUAAAUUCAAAGAACAUAACCAAGAAAAAUAAGCAAAAUAGAGCGAGAGCAAACCAAAUUUUGAAUAAAUAAAACUAAAUAUAUAAAUAAAUGACAAAAAAAAAUAAGACAAAAAGCGUAACAAGGCAUAAUUUAAUACCUACAUAUGUACAUAUGUACAUACGUACUCGUAUAUAUACAUAUGUAUGUAUAUAUACUAAUUUUUGAAAAAAAUAGUAAAAAAGGCAAAAAACACAAAAAUAUAAACCAAAUGCAAAACAAAACACUGCAGCAACAGAGAAACAAAAACAAAAAUAUUUUUUAAAUUUUAAAUUUCAUUUGCGAAAGAGAUGAAAAAGAAUAAUAAAUACACUUUAUUGUAGGAAAAAAAUUUAAUUAUGUAGCUAUAUAAAUUGUUUGCUUUAGAAAGCGAAAAAAUGCGCUUAAAAAUUUUGAUAAUAACUCAAAAAGGCUUUUUUCGUGCUUAUUUCCUUUACUUUAAACGCUUACUUAACUGAGAGAAAGAAAAACCAAAAGCAAGCCGAAGUUUUUUGAAAAUUAGUAGAAUUUAAUUAUUGAGAAUAUUUAUUAGGAUUUGUUGAUAUUUUUGAAUAGUGAAAGCAAGUUGAGUAAAAAAUUAUUACUAUAAUUCAAAAAUAAAAAUAAAAGUAAAAUAAAAUAAAAUGUAAAAGCGAAAAAGAAAUAACGAAAAUCAGCGCAGCGAAAAAAGAAGAAAACAAAAACACAAGAAGCAAAUAACAACAAAACAAACAAUACAUUACAACAAAAGCAAAAACCAAAAAUUUAUUACAUUGCAGUAAAAACAAAAUACAGUUAUGUAUAUGUAUUUAAAAAAACAUAAAAAUACAAAACAAAAAACUUCUAGGCGAUUUGUAAGUAGCUAUGUAUGUAAGACGCAAAGCGAAGCAAAAAGUUUAGUAGCAAAACAAAUGAAGAAGCAAGCAGCCACUAACAA